AUGGAAGAAAAUCAUCAAGAAGUCACAGCACAGUCUUCCAAGUCUCAAGAGGGCUAUGAAAUUAGGAUAAUGAUGCCACUUGCUGAGGAAAAUACAAGAAAACUCUAUGAGGCUUCAAAGAUUGGCUCCAUUCAAACGUUGAAGACACUCAUCGAAGAAGACAAAGAUAUGGUUCAAAAUGCCUUAAUGUUCUGUUCCAAUGAUAUUGAGAAUCCAUUGCAUGUCUCGGUUAUGCAUGGCCACCUUGAAUUCACUCGACUGCUUUUGGCUUACAAUCCUGAGCUAGCUGCUGAGGUUAAUGCCCUCCAACAAACUCCUCUGCACUUAGCUUCACAAAAUGGCGACGUGGAGAUGGCUCGAGUUUUGGUAGAGAAAAAUACAAGUGCUUGCUUGGUUCGUGAUUUCAAUGGCUUGAUUCCUCUCCACCAUGCAGUGAUUAGAGGGCAUGUUCAGAUCGUGAAGGAAUUGAUCCGUGCAAGACCACGAUCUGUGUGGACGAAGCUCAAAAAUGGUCAAACUGUCUUGCAUUUAUGUGUUGAAGAUAAUCAUUUGGAGGUCAUGAAGUUGUUGAUUCAAAUAUUUUUAUGUCACGAUGAAGAUUUUCUUGACAUAACUGAUGACUCUGGAAAUACCAUUUUGGAUAUGUCUCUAAAGUUGAGAAGAUUUGAGAUGUUGGAAUAUUUACUCUCAAUUCCAAAAGGGAAAUGGGGAAAUGGUAGCAUGGACGAGGAUGAGAAAGCCCCAAAAGUGAGAAAAAGAAGUAAGAAGUUGGGGAGCAUUGAACAAAGUAAAAGAAGAGGAGAAUCCAAGAAGAAGGCUAGAGUAGGGUGGUGGGAGGUUUGGAAGAAGAAUCUAAGAUACAAAGGGAAUUGGCUACAAGAAGUACAAGGCACAUUAAUGUUGGUGGCGACGGUGAUCGCAACGGUGACUUUCCAAGGCACAAUCAACCCUCCCGGGGGAACUUGGCAACAAGAUCAAGUGUUGAGUAGUUGCUCCUGGAAACAAGGAUCAGUUCAAGAUGCAGGAACUGCAAUAAUGGCUUGCAAAUCUCUCAGAAUCUACAUACGUUACUUUAUGUCAAAUUCAAUAUCAUUCCUUGCAUCAGUGAGUGUGAUUCUAUUGAUAGUGAGUGGGUUUCCUUUGAAAAACAAGGUUUUUUGUGGGUUGUUGACAGUAGCCAUGUGUGUUGCCGUUGUGUGCUUAACAUUUGCCUAUGUUUAUGGAACGGCAAUGGUUUGUGGGAGCAAAACUGCCCAAAGUUACUUGUUGGUUUUGCUUCGCAUUUGUUCACCAUGGAUUCACCUUGCUGAGAUGGCGCCAUUAGGCAUGCUUAUUGUACCUGAGCUGCCAGUUGGACAUUCUCCUUAA